ACAGGUAGUGUACCUAACUGAUGAACGAAAAUAGAAGUAGGUACUAGGAAUAUAUUAUAAUGAUCGAUUGAAAUUUUGUAGGUUAUCGGUUAACCAAAUAUGUAAUAAGGAAAAAGGAGACAGAAUUUCCAAAAAUAACACAGUAUCAUACUUAAUAAUAGAAACAUAUAAUAAUAAGGAUAAAAAACGCAUUUUUCCCGGAUAAAUGAUAGAUAUAAAAUUGGUAUACUAUUUUAUUUAUGCUAAAUUGUAUAAACUUUACGCCAAAUAAUACAAAAUCAGGCACAAAAUGAUUCAAUCUUCGAUUUACUUUAUUGAUCUACAUGCCGCACUCAGAGACAUUUAAUGACUACUUAAACUAUUCCUUAGUAACGAUUUUGUAUUGAAAACAAAUGCUAAGGACUGGGUUAAUUAUUAAUCAUUAAAUGUCUCUGAGUGGGGCAGAUAGUGUAAAAAGUAUUUCUGUGUAAAGACUGAGAAAAGGGAUCUUUGCGAUGCCCGAAUUACUAUAGAUCUGCAUUUACAGGACGUAAUCAUACCUAUAUAGAACAAAUGAUUUAAAAAAAAACAAAACAGUUAGGAUUAGGAUUUUCUCCUGUGUCGUGGGUACGUUUACAAACAUACAAGUUCACAUACACAUGACACCCAGACCCGGAUCAACAAUUUGUGGAUCACACAAAAAGUUGCUCCGUGCUGGAAUCGAACCCGCUACACGUUGCACGGCAGCCAGUUGCCUAGCCACCGCACUAACUGUGCAGUAAAAAAUUUAAAAAAGAUUAUUUGUAUACAUCCAGAUUAAUAUCUAUUCCUGUACAUAGGUAGGAGUGUCUAUCAGCCAUUCAAAAGCGUGGUCACACUGGCUAUAAACCUACUUAGAUCGUGUACCUAUAUUAUGUACCAGCUGAGGGCAUGUACUACUAGUACACUAUUUUCAAUUAUAAACUUCUAUCAUGAGUGUUACGAUAAAAAAAUAAAAAACAAACCGUCGAAUUUCUUUAAAAAUGUCUUCUAACGUAGAAAUCAAUGAAUUCCUCAAGAUCCUGCAAUCUUUCGGAUCCACAUCUGUGGUACAGUGGAUACUGCGUGUGUUAACUAUUUCCCAGGCGGUAUUCCAAACAGGUUGGCCUGAAAACUACGAGAUAUCAGAUGGUGAGAGGUUUGACUUCAUUGUGGUGGGGAGUGGGUCGGCGGGCGCUGUGGUAGCUGCUCGCCUAUCAGAAAUACCAGAGUUUAAAGUGUUGCUGCUCGAGACUGGAGGCGACCCGCCACCAACCAGUGUGCUUCCUGGACUCAGCAGAACUUUGCCAGGUACUAAAUAUGACUGGAACUAUACAGCUGUUUUCGACGAGGGUGUAGGCCAGGCCCACCCGGGUGGAUACAUGAGCUACCCUCGAGGUAAACUGCUCGGUGGUUGUUCUUCCAUCAACUACCUGAUCUACUCACGAGGAGUACCCGAAGAUUAUGAGAACUGGAACCGUAUAGCUCCUGGCUGGGACUGGGAGACAGUACUGUAUUAUUUCAAGAAGUUAGAAGACAUGAAAGAUCCAUUAAUAUUUGAGCACCCAGAAAAUGCCCGUCUCCAUUCAACAACUGGCCCUGUAAAGGUGUCCAGACCGAAAACUCCGCCCUCGACUGCUCUCAUAGAUGAUAUCAGAAUACAGUCUUACGAAGAAAUGGGUAUACCACGAGUUCUAGAGAUAAAUGGGCCAGAAAUUGUAGGAGCUGCUCGACCACAUUUCAAUAUUUAUGGUGGUAGGAGAUCUAGUACUGCGGAAUCAUACCUAAAGCCAGCAAAAGACAGAACUAAUCUUAAAGUGGCCAAGUAUUCCACAGUUACUAAAGUAUUAAUUGAUCCUGGCACGUUGCGUGCGUAUGGUGUGCAGGUGUACACAUCUAGUAAGACAUACAUCCACGUAUAUGCUACUGAAGAGGUGAUUGUUUCUGCCGGCACAUUCAAUAGUCCGAAAAUCCUCUUACAGUCGGGAAUAGGACCUCAAGAGGAAUUGUCGAAGGUACAGAUAAAAACGUUGGUAGAUCUUCCAGUUGGUAAAAAUUUGCACGAUCACCAGGUUAUACAGUUGAAUUAUAAAGGAAAACGCGGGUUAGAGACGGCUCUCCAGAAUAUAUUAACCGCUUUCCAAAUAGAUACAAUUCCAUCUCCGCUACAAAUUGGAUUCUUCAGAGUUAACGGCAGUGAGUUUGAAUAUCCUUCUAAAUUACAACCACAUUUCCAGUUCUUCAACUCCUACUACGGAGCUGGUGCUUCUGAGGAUUUAGUAAGUGGAUGUAGUCUUGAAAAAGAUUUUUGCCUAGCUUUAGGGUCAGCCAAUGUUAAUAAUGAAUUAGAUACUGUUUUACUUGCUCUCUUACACCCUCUGUCGCGAGGAGAAGUAAAGCUCCGAAGUACAGAUCCCCUGGAUGAUCCUAUAAUUGAAUUGGGGUAUUUCAGAAACGAUUAUGACCUAAAGGUGGUUACUGAGGGAGUGAAAUACAUGAAUACUUUGAUAAACACUACAUACUUUAAAGAAGUCAAAGCAAGUAUACCCAAAUUGAGUGUGACUGCGUGUGAAAAUAUAGAAUGGGGUUCUGAUGAGUUUUGGGAAUGUUAUGCAAAGAAUACUGUAUUGUCGGUGCAACAUGCAGUUGGUACAUGUCGGAUGGCACAGGAUGGGGUAGUAGACGAGAGACUAAGGGUACACGGUGUGGCUAGGCUGAGAGUAGUGGAUGCAUCCGUUAUUCCACUGAUACCGAGUGGUAACACUAACGCUCCGACUAUGAUGGUAGGUGAGAAAGCUGCUGAUAUGAUUAAGGAAGAUUUUCAUAAACGCAAGAAAGAAAAUAACAAAGAUUGCCCUGGAGAGACCGUACUUUGAAAAAAUCUUUUUAAAGAGACUUUGACUAAAAAUAUUUUUUUCUUAUUGUGUGAGUACCUACAAGUAACUUUACUUGUUACAGGAGUAAAAUAAUUCACAGUCGGAGAAUUAUCAAGUUU